AUGACUUCGAAAUUGGAUAUGAGCAGAUGGGAAAAUAGGAAAGGCCAAGUUAGUGACAUCAUCAUACACUCAAGCCAGAAAUCUCUCCAACUUUUUCAUGCUACUCAUUCAAGCAACCAGACAUCAGGUUCCACUACUAUCUUCUUCAGGAAAGCUUUCCAGAUCAAAGCGGAAGCCCAACUCUCUUCUGCUGUGUUUCAACAGGGACUGCUUAUGUCCAGAUCAUCCCAGAGGAUUCCUGUGAAUGAAAAGAUUAAGAGGGGGCAUAUCGGGCAGCCAUCUUGCUCUUGCCGCGUGCUGGUGUUGGAGGACCCUCCCUGCUUCAGAUUUACCAACAGCACGAAUCAAGAAAAGUUAGCCAAACUUCAGGCUCAGGUCCGGAUAGGGGGCAAGGGUACAGCUCGCAGAAAGAAGGUGGUACAUAAAACAGCCAAGGCUGAUGACAAAAAGCUUCAGAGUUCUCUAAAAAAACUGGCUGUGAAUAAUAUAGUUGGUAUUGAAGAGGUGAACAUGAUUAAAGAUGAUGGGACAGUUAUUCACUUCAACAAUCCCAAAGUCCAAGCUUCCCUUUCUGCUAACACCUUUGCAAUUACCAGUCAUGCAGAAGCCAAACCAAUCACAGAAAUGCUACCUGGAAUAUUAAGUCAGCUUGGUGCUGACAGUUUAACAAGCCUUAGGAAGUUAGCUGAACAGUUCCCACGGCAAGUCUUGGACAGUAAAGCAGCAAAACCAGAAGACACUGAUGAGGAGGAUGAUGAUGUUCCCGAUCUUGUAGAAAAUUUUGAUGAGGCAUCAAAGAAUGAAGCUGGCAUGGUUUUUGGAAGCUGGCAUGGACUAGGUUUAACAAAUCGGCUAUGUGGUUCCAAAGUUUUACAGACACAGAGAACAUCACCUGUUACCAGUUCACUAAUAUAA